AUGAAACGCAAGGAUCAGCUCAUUCAAUUGUUAAGAACUGCUAGUAUGGAACUUGAUAAGUGGGCCUCGAACGAGCCAAGGAUCCUUGAAGGCACAUCAUCUCAUCCUGGAAAAACCAUCAAGCUAGACAACGUCGUGUCUACCCUUGGCGUCAAAUGGAAUCAUAAGAGUAAUUGUUUAACGUUCUCUUUAACACCUACAACCUCUUCUUCGAUCGUCACAAACAGAGAAAUCUUGUCAAAAAUUGCUCGUUUGUUUGAUCCUCUAGGUUGGCUAGCACCAAUUAUAAUUGUAGCUAAGCUAAUAUUGCAGGAGCUCUGGUUGCAUCAGCUGGACUGGGAUACUUCCCUCAAUGACGAUUUGUCUCAGCACUGGCUCACCUUCAACCAACAUUUGAGAGGAGUGGAAGAUCUGUCAAUACCUCGCUGGCCGGGCAUCCUGCUGAAUCAAAUAUGGCACUUACACGGCUUCUAUGAUGCCUCCAAGAGAGCUUACGCUGCUGCGAUCUACUCAGAUUCACUGGGAGGCCAGUCAACACUGCUGUUGGCCAAAACCAAAGUCGCCUCGAUUAAGAGAAUCACCAUUCCUCGCUUAGAGCUUUGUGGCGCAAUGCUUCUAUUGAAGCUCGCAAAGCACCUCGUCCAUUCCUUGAGUUCGAAACCCGAAUCUGUCUUCCUUUGGACCGACUCACAAAUAAUCAUCGAGUGGCUCAAGAAACACCCUUCGCACUGGCCAACUUUCGUCGCCAAUAGCACGAGCAUGAUAAUCGCAACCCUUCCUGACGCAACUUGGAGUCACGUCCGAUCGGAGUCACGUCCAAAUCGUGGACUUACUCCAGUGUUACUAUCUACACAUCGAUUGUGGUGGCAGGGACCAACAUGGAUCACCAAGUCUCAAGCUAAUUGGCCUGCGACCACCCCUUAA